GUUUGGCGAUCGGCUACAUAUGUUGCCUUCAAGUAACUCACUGCAUUCAUACACAGGCUCUUGACUCUCCUUCGUCGACUCACCGACAACAGGAGGGUGCGACAUUUACUCACAGACACAUGUAAUGGAUGCACAGAUCAGGGCAAAGGUUACGUCGAGGCUGGAUUAUUCUGGCAGGUCGCGUCCAGGAUCUCCCGCGAAGGGUAUUUCGUUGUCACCACCUCCAAUAAUCAGAGCCAAGGCAAAGGUCAACAGUAGUGCAAACAUCGCAGCUCGGAAGCCUGGUGCAAUAUCUGCACCGGGUUCGGUUGCUAAAGUCAAUGUGGGCUCCUCACUUCCGCGCUCACCGUCACCAUUCAAACCCGCGCAUACGCGACCUGCGACGAACUCUCCGUCUGUUUCAACCUUCAAGACUAAGGUAUCAGCGGCUUCACGCCCACAUAGCGUUAUAUCGGGUCAUUCACCCGAUUCACGACCACGAGCUCUCACAAGUACCACUAAUGGAAGUCUGUCUCCACCAACCGGACCUACACGAAUGCGGCGAGGUAGCGUAUCUUCAACGCUCACUGCUCCACCUAUCACGCGCAGUCAUCUUUCUUCACCAUCCGCUUCCAAGUUUCCCGUGCCAUCCCCGAAUGACGACUCCAAUGGAGGAAGUAACGUGCGGGUGAGGUCCAAGGUAUCAAGGUUAGCAGACCAUGUACCUGGUUUACCUGCCUCGCUUCCGUCAUCUCCUUCUCUACUCGCACACCGGACGUCACGUCCGAUCUCCACAUCCAACAUCAAAUUUACACCUGCUCUAAUAACAUCUAACAUGACUGCGACCGCUUCAAGCCCUUCAUCACCCACUUCUGCGCAUUAUCGAUUCUCGAGUACACGCGAAGUGCAUAGUCCGAGGCAUGCUAAUAUAUUCCAGGCAUUUACUUCUAAUGACGACCACACUGUGUCUUAUACUUCGAAUAAGUCAACCGAUGCCAAGGUCGACCCUGUUUCAAUUCCUCUGCCCCCGCAGUCGCCACCAGCAUCCUCUGUGUCAUUUUCAUCUCGCUCAUCCGCGUCGAAGUCAUCUGUAUCAUAUGGAAGUGAGGUUCGCAACUCCGAGGGAAGUAGUAGCACAGCGCCUGUACCUCAUUCAAAGGUGAAUGGCAAGAGCAAUGGACAUGCCCACGAUCGAUUAGCGGCUUCGCCACCAAUCCGAUCUAAUAUGAACGGUUUGGGCAUACGAUUGGAAGUCUCCACGUCGGAGGGCGGUAGCGACCUGUCACCAAGCAUGGAUAGCUUCGACAGUGACAGUGCACAUGGAAAAGAUGGUUCAUACGAACCUGACUUCGAUGAUGAGCCAGACACAGAUCGGCAGAGAAAACGGGAGGCCAAAUCCAUUCGGAAGAUUGCAGACCUGGAAAUCACCAACCGUUCCCUUCUCGCUAUCAACUCAUCCCUUGAAGCUACCAAGCAUCGGCAAGCCAAGGAGAUACGCGACCUUCGUCGCAAACUACGAGAAUCUCGGCUUAUUUUGCCUCCAUCCGCAUAUAAAGCGGUAACCUCAUCUAUAGUAGAGGACGACACUGUGGAAACCGAGGAAGCAGAAGAGGAAGACGAGGAAGAGCAGGCGGUAAUUGAAGGGAAGACAGAUGAAACGUAUCGGCGGGUCCGAUCACUUUUGGAAGGGCUUAUAGAGCAGGGGAGAAGAGCCCUGGAGACAACGCCCGAUGAUUUAGCAGCUAGCGGGAAGGGCGGCGCCAAAGUGUUGCAUGAAGUGGAAGCAAGAACAUGGCGUGGAGACGAUCCUGAAACCCAUUCUAUCAUAUCACGCGACGAUGUGGAUGACCAGACGCAUCUCGACGUGGAUCAUGCAUCGCUAACAUCAAGACCGCUCAGUCCGUCACGAAUAGCCGUACCGGAUGAUGACGACGGGCUUGGCAGUGAGGACGAAGUGGAAGCAACGUUACUGGAACCUGACACGGAUGAUAUACCUUCUGCACCUAUACCCCCGAUCACGGUUACGCACCCAUAGAACUAUGAUACAGGAUACGACAAUUUUAGGGAGGAGAACAAGGAACUCAGGAAGAGGAGGCAAUAAUUCUUCAUGUUCAUUCACACACCACAUCUCGUUGCAUUUGUUUGACUCUUUACAUCAUUAUGCUCACGACUCCGGAAGCGGUGGCAUCCUCAAUAUGUUAUACCUCACUGUACAUCACAGACUCUGAUACAGUAUAUACAUACCCAUGCAAUAUUUUUUCCACUCAUAUACCUCAGGAUCACAAUGGGAAUUAUCCCUCGGCUUGCCGCUAUCAUGGAGAGCGACGCAGGGUUGCCGCAUACGUUCAUGCU